UGAAAGCUCAGGAGCUGAAGAUAUUUGAAAGCGGCCGGUCGGUUCCACAUACCGCGCAGUGUCUGUCCCAACAGAGACCCCUUUAAUCAUCGGGGGUCCACAUCUCAUCAGAUUACUUAGAUAAUUUUAAAUAAUGAUAAUAAUGAUGAAAAAACUGGACGACUGCAGAGACUGAGCUCCGUUAUUUGAAAGUCUGAAGAGGACGCGAUUCUUCUGCUCUAUAUGUGAUUUAAAAAACAGGUCUGGUAAACAUGUCAGGAAAAUCAGAUGUGAAAAACAAGUGGGCGGCAGUCAGGGACCGCCUGGGCUCCUCGCAGGACUCCGACACCCAGCAGGAGGCCAACCUGGAGAGCGCCGACCCAGAGCUGUGCAUCCGGCUUCUGCAGGUCCCCACUGUGGUCAACUACUCCGGGCUGAAGCGCCGCCUGGAGGGCAGCGACCAGACAUGGAUGGUCCAGUUCCUGGAGCUGAGCGGGCUGGAUCUCCUCCUGGAGGCCCUGGACCGACUCUCGGGCCGGGGAUGCUCUCGCAUCGCAGACGCCUUGCUGCAGCUCACGUGCGUCAGCUGCGUCCGCGCCGUCAUGAACUCAUCGGCGGGAAUCCACUUCAUCAUAGAGAACGAGGGAUACAUUCGCAAACUGUCACAAGCUUUGGACACGUCCAACAUCAUGGUGAAGAAGCAGGUGUUCGAGCUCCUCGCGGCCCUCAGCAUAUUCUCAGCCGAAGGUCACUGUCUGGCUCUGGACGCUCUGGAUCAUUACAAGGGCCUGAAGGCGCGUCAGUAUCGUUUCAGCGUGAUCAUGAGCGAGCUGCAGGCCACAGAUAACGUCCCCUACAUGGUCACACUCCUCAGUGUCAUCAACGCGCUCAUCUUCAGCACAGACGACUUGAGGCAGAGAGAUAAAAUAAGGAAGGAGUUUAUCGGCCUCCAGCUGCUUGGUAUCCUGCCAAAAUUAAGGUAA